AGCGAGGAUCGCACGAGAGCCGGUCAAGGCGAUCACCAAGCCCAAUCAGCGUCCCGGUACAAUUGUAACUGCACUGGAUUCACUGGAACCCUUGAAGAAAAUGAUCGAUAUGCUAGCCGAGGUCCAUCCUGCCGCCAAAAUUGCGUUCAAUAUUGUGUCCACCGAAUUCAAUGUUUUGAAGAAGCACAAAGAAGAAAACCAGCUCGUCUUGAACCUCUAUGACACCAUGCUGAAUGUUUAUCUGAAUGCCAGUGAGGAUGAAAUACUCCAAAGGAGAGACUGGCUUCAUCGUGUCUAUGAGUGCCUGUUUGAGCAAACUAUCGAAUGCUCCUAUUUCAUUGAAGGUUAUGUGAAGAAACGGAUAGGGGGCAUGUUCACCCUGAACCUGUCGGACAAGGCCAAGGAGUUUUGUGAAGGUUUUAAACACUUGCGUAAUCAGUUACAUGAUGAUGUCGCAAAAGACGGCCUCGUAGUGACGCUGGGGAUCCAAGAGCAGGUCAACGAGCUGAGUACGUAUUUGAACCUACGCAUACACACCGGCAUUCAAAAUCGCAUCUAGCCAUGAAGGAUUCAGUCCGGGAUCUUCGUCCAUCCACCGAGCUCAGACCCAAAUCUACGUGCAUGAAGGGUACACGCGUCGAAGCCAUCAAUUAUCUCAUGGCUUGGAUCGCAGAGUGCAGCGGAGGUAUGCUGUGGUGCAGCGGCUUAGCCGGGACGGGGAAGAGCUCGCUCGUGGGUACGCUCCAUGAACUUCUCACUGUCCACCUCAAGAC